AUGCCCGACCCGCCGGCGGCAGCGCAGGACGCCGAGCGGCCCCGGCGGGCCCCGGCCGGCGAGGAGCGAGCGGAGCCGGCGGCCCCGGCCGGCGUCCUGGAUAAACUCUUCGGGAAGCGGCUGCUCCAGGCCGGGCGCUACAUCAUGUCCCACAAAGCCUGGAUGAAGACGGUGCCCACGGAGAACUGCGACGUGCUCAUGACCUUCCCGGACACCACCGACGACCACACGCUGCUCUGGCUCCUCAACCACAUCCGCCUGGGCAUCCCCGAGCUCAUCGUGCAGGUGCGGCACCACAAGCACACGCGCGCCUACGCCUUCUUCGUCACGGCCACCUACGAGAGCCUGCUGCGCGGCGCCGACGAGAUCGGGCUGCGGAAGCCGGUGAAAGCCGAGUUCGGCGGCGGCAUGCGCAGCUUCUCCUGCGAGGAGGACUACAUCUACGAGAACAUCGAGAACGAGCUCUACUUCUUCACCUCUCAGGAACGGCAAAACAUCAUCAGGUACUGGCUGGAGAACCUGCGGGCCAAGCAGGGCGAGUCGCUGCACAACAUCCACUUCUUGGAGGGGCAGCCCAUCAUCCCGGAGCUGGCCGCCCGCGGCGUCAUCCAGCAGGUCUUCCCGCUGCACGAGCAGAGGAUCCUCAAGCGGCUCAUGAAGUCCUGGGUGCAGGCGGUGUGCGAGGCCCAGCCGCUCGACGACAUCUGCGACUACUUCGGCGUGAAGAUCGCCCUGUACUUCGCCUGGCUGGGCUUCUACACCUCGGCCAUGGUGUACCCCGCCGUCUUCGGCUCCAUCCUCUACACCUUCACCGAGAGCGACCAGACCAGCCAGGAUAUCUGCUGCGUGGUCUUCGCCAUCUUCAACGUCAUCUGGGCCACGCUCUUCCUGGAGGAGUGGAAGCGCCGCGGCGCCGAGUUCGCCUACAAGUGGGGGACGCUGGACACCCCGGCCGAGUCCAUCGAGGAGCCGCGGCCGCAGUUUCGGGGCGUUAAGAGGAUCAGCCCCGUGACCAGCGCCGAGGAGUUUUACUACCCGCCGUGGAAGCGGCUGCUCUUCCAGUGCCUGGUCAGCCUGCCGCUCUGCCUCGUCUGCCUCUCCUUCGUCUUCCUCGUCAUGCUGGGGUGCUUCCAGAUCCAGGAGCUGGUGCUGAGCGUCAAGGAGCUGCCCCGAAUCAUCCGCUUCCUGCCCAAGAUCGUCCUGGCCGUCAUCGUCACGGCCUGCGACGAGGUGUACAAGAAGAUCGCGUACUGGCUGAACGACAUGGAGAACUACCGGCUGCAGAGUGCCUACGAGAAACACCUCAUCAUCAAAAUAGUGCUGUUUCAGUUUGUGAACUCGUACCUGAGUCUUUUCUACAUCGGUUUCUACCUCAAGGACAUGGAGCGGCUGAAGGAGCUCCUGCUCAUCUUCUCUUUCUCCCAAAGCCUCGCGCGUCAGCUCAAAGAGGCCCUCCUCCCCUUCAUCUUCCUCCACCUCCACCUCUUUAUCAUCUUCCUUAAGGGCCUCCUGGGCUUUUGCUGGAGACUGGGAGUAUCCAAAAUGCUGGCCACGCUGCUCGUCACGCGCCAGUUCCUGCAGAACGUCAAGGAGGUGUCGCAGCCCCACCUGUACCGCAGGCUGCGCCGCGGGGAGCUGAGCCUCCGCGGCCUCCGCGAGCUCUCCCACGCCGUCCUCCGGCUGCUCGCCCGCCGCGGCCCCGCGCCCCGCCGCGGCCCCCCGGCCCCGGGCCCCGCGCCGCCGGCCGCCGAGCGGGCGCCGCGGGGCGAGAAGAAGUGUCUGAACGGGGGCUGCGGGGUGCCCGAGGAGGAGGAGGAGGAGGAGGAGGAAGGGCGGCGUGAGUCCGACUCGGAGGACGAGAGCGCCCUGGACUGCGGGCUCAAGCUGAAGAAGGUGAGCUUCAUCGAGAAGGCGGAGCGGCGCGGCGGGGGCGGCGAGCCCGGCGGCGCCGAGGACGACAGCUUCCUCGAGGAGGGCAGCCCCACCAUGGUGGAGAAGGGCAUGGACCCCGCCUCCGUCUUCGAGCUGUGCGAGGAUGAGGAGGAGGCCGAAGGCCACCCCGGCAGCCCCGCCAAGGCGCCGGAGCCGGCCGCCACCCUGCGCGCGGGCCGGAGGAGGAGGGCGGCCGAGAGCCGGGAGGAGGAGGAGGGUGAGGAGGAAGGCAGGAGGCAGAACCGGGCCUCCUGGAUCGACCCGCCGGAGGAGGACUAUUCCACGCAGCUGACGCAGGCCGAGGUGGAGAGCUGCAUGAAGAAGUACGAGGACACCUUCCAGGACUACCAGGAGAUGUUCAUCCAGUUCGGCUACGUGGUGCUCUUCUCCUCCGCCUUCCCCCUGGCCGCCAUGUGCGCCCUGGUGAACAACGUCAUCGAGAUCCGCAGCGACGCCUUCAAGCUGUGCACGGGGCUCCAGCGCCCCUUCGGCCAGCGGGUCGAGAGCAUCGGGCAGUGGCAGAAGGUGAUGGAGGCCAUGGGCGUCCUGGCCAUCGUGGUGAACUGCUACCUGAUCGCCCAGUGCGGCCAGCUGCAGCGCCUCUUCCCCUGGCUCAGCCCCGAGGGAGCCAUCAUCUCCGUGGUGGUGCUGGAGCACUUCGCCCUCUUCCUCAAAUACAUCAUCCAAGUGGCCAUCCCCGACAUCCCCGCCUGGGUGGCCGAGGAGAUGGCCAAGCUGGAGUACCAGCGCCGCGAAGCCUUCAAGAAGCACGAGCGCCAGGCGCAGCAUCACUUCCAGCAGCAGCAGCGGCGCAAGCGGGAGGAGGAGGAGCGGCAGCGGCACGCCGAGUACCAGGCCCGCAGGGAGCGCGAGGCCAGCCGCGACGAGGCCAAGGCCGAGCCCGCCGGGCAGGACCCGGCCCACGACAGGAGCCAGGGCAAGGGCAAGGGCUCCGCGGCCGCCUCGCACGCCUCCGACAAGCCCAAGAGACCCAGCUCCCUCCUGGCCACCAACAACGUCAUGAAGCUGAAGCAGAUCAUCCCGCUGCAGGGCAAGUUCCUCUCCGGGGGGGCCGGGGCCGCCGGCACGGCCGCGGCCAGGUCCCCCCAGUCCCCCACCGGCAGCGAUAACAAGCUCCCCGGAUUCCUCAGCUUCAAGUUCCUCAAGUCACCGGAGACUAAGCGGGACGCGGGGACCGAGAAGGUCCAGUCGCCCACCAAGCCGUUCAACCCCGGCAAGCUCUUCAACUUCGGCAAGUCCGAAGGGGCCGGGGGCAACGGCGCUGCGGCCGCCGCCUCGCCCCAGCCCCGGCCCGGGCCCUCCUCGGAGGCGGGCGAGAAACCAGCCCCCAGCAAGUCCCAUCUCAACGGGGUGCCGGACGAGGGGGGCCGCGAGGAGCCGGAGCUCCGGGCCGAGGAGGAGAGCGGAGGCUACAGGCUUUGACCAGGGGC